AUGGUCGAGCUGCGCGAUCGGGAGAGAAUCCCGACGCGCGCGAGGCUCGGCGACCCGGGAGGGGACGUCGGUGGCGCUUCGCUCGGGCGUCCACCGGCGGUCGAGGGAGAGGAGGCGAGGGAGAUUCAGGGGAGACGAGGGGUCGGUCCGGCGGCCGAGGGCGCGGCCGGGGGCCGGGACACGGCGAUCGAGACCCUUGUCCUCGAGGCUCUGCGUGGUCUUCUCGACCGGAGCGAGGCCGGGGCGCCGGCGACUGGGGGUCCCGCCAAGGACGAGGGGAGUCGCGGCGACGCGCCGAUCCUGCGUCUGGUGGAUGACGAAGGGAAGCUGCUGUUGCCGGCGUCGUCGCGCGUUCGUGGAACCGUGGGAGUGGUCAGGGACGCAUCGCGGGUGUGGAAUCUACCCCUCGAGGCGCGGGAGGACAUCCAGGCGCUGAGAAAGCGAUUCCCGAAGACUGGCCCUGGGAACCCGGCGGAGAGUGAAUACGACUUGGCGACGUUUGCGUCCGCAGACGCGUUCUACGCAGCGUUCCUUCACGUACUUGACGGCUUGUUCGCAGACAUCACGGCCCGGCUCGGCGAGCUGUACGUGGGAGACGCGGACGUGUCCGUGGUGGAGGAUCCCCGGUACGGACCGGAAGGACACGGCUCGCUGGGAGAGGCACUGCGGUCGGUACGCGCGACAGUCGCGUCGUUCGAGGCGUACAAUUACCAGCGGCUGCACUCAGUGAGCUUGAGGACGUGUGCGCUGAACACUUCGGACGAGUACGCUGUCGGCCUCUGGUUGGACCACAAGAGAAAGUUGGCAGACGCUUGGAGGACCGAGGCGGGAGUGCUCCGUCACUUCAAAGAAGCAGAAGUCGCGAAGGCGAGGGCGUACGCGACGCUCCGGUUCGGUCACGGUGUGCCGUGA